AUCUAUUGGUCUCAUCAAGGUGAGUUUGAUCCCUAAAGAAACUUUUAUCUGGAAAACAACAGACUCCAGAUCUUAUUUCCUGGAUAAGUUUAUUGGGAUGUUUCUGUCAGAUGUCAUUCUCUGGUUUAUUUUCUAACAUAAAACCUCUAGUUUAAGUGUUCAGACUUAAUUCCUGACUGGUGUUUAUCUACCAUCUGCAACAUCUUCUUCUGUAUAAGUGAUGCAGCCAGGAUGGCUCCAUUGUACAUGGGUUUUAAAUCGGCCUUGAAAACGUCUAAGAUGUGCUCUGCUUCUUAAUUCAGUCAGGAAUGCAAAUCUUGGUGUUUUUUAAAGCGGAGACAGAAGCAGCGAGCAAAUUCGUGGUGUUUCCCAGGCAUCCGAGCCUGUUGAGUUUAUGUAAGUAGCCCCGGGCUGUAAACAAGUGGCGCUCUGUGCCUGAUCCACAAUGCUGGAGAAACCGAAUGGAGAGAGGGAACGCGAGGGGUAAAGGAGCUGGGAGGAAAAGGGAGAAAUUUGGGCUUUUAGCGACUGGCUGAAGGACGAUGUCCACUCUGAGGAGGACGAGAUGCACAGUUCAGACGAAGAGGACAGCAGCUCCACCUCCAGCAAGGAGCACCUGGACGAGGCAGACAGACAGGAGGAUGAGAUGAAGAGGAAGAAGGUGGUGCACAUUGCCCAGGAAAUCAUGAGCUCAGAGAAAGUGUUUGUGGACGUCCUAAAGCUUCUACACAUAGUAAGUGUUGGUUUUAUUCAUUUGCUUGAGCAGCCAGAGGACAAACAGCGGCGUCUGUGAUUACUGUUUGAGUGGUGAUCAAAGUGUUUUCUCUUGAUGUGGGCUGUGUUUGAGGGUUUUACUGGUUUCACUGGGGCAGCGGUAGGCAGGUGAAUACCAAACCACAAUGAGGAAGGAGAUGCUUUGAACUUUUCUUUGACUGGAAACUCAGUAGAGGGUGUGUGUUUGUUUGUAUGAAAGAAAACCAAUAAAGAGACGAUUAACAUUCCAUAAGAUGGAUGGAUGUUGGUGUUUGCAUUAGCAUCUAUUGUUAGCUUAGCGUAUGGGUGAUGAAUUGAAGGAAAACAUUUGCAGUUUUGUUUGUUUUUGUUAAGUUCAACCAUUAAAGAGCUGCUUCACUUCAAGACAGAUUGCAUUGUUAGACAAGGUUUCCCCCAGUGUGAUAUAAGCCUGGCGGGCCACCAGGCUUUACUU